GCAGCCCCGUGCGGUUGGAUAAAUUCGAGUUUGUCUUCCUGAGGACGUGAAUUAACCUUAAAGUGGACACUUUGUCCGUGCGGCCAGCGGCAAGCUGUGUUUAUCUGCACAAAUGUCUGAUGAUCAAGACAAAAGCAAGGCUUCGUCCCUCAAAGAAGACAAAGACAGAGACGAAAAACACGAAGUCCAAAGUGUGUCCAAAAGACAGAAAAAGAAGCUGCUCCGGCAGCAGAAGUGGGAAGAAGAAAGAGAGCAACGAAAGCAGAAGCGAAAGGAGAGGAAGCAGCAGCGGCGGCUGCAGAAGCAGAUCCAUGCAGAGGCGGAAGGAGAAUCCCAGAGUGUCAGGAAGAGACCGCACCGGGACGUGACGCCCAGUUCACUCAGGCUCGUGGUCGACUGCAGCUUUGACAGUCUCAUGCUCCUCAAGGAUGUCCGGAAGCUUCACAAGCAGAUCCAGCGGUGUUAUGCCGAGAACAGACGAGCUUUACAUCCGGUGCAGUUCUUCCUGACCAGCUUUGGAGGACAGCUGAAAGACAUCAUGGAUGAAAAUGACAAAGGAUGGGUCAACUGGAAGGACAUUAACAUUCGGACAGAACAUUACAGUGAAGUCGUGGCUAAAGGAGAGCUGGUUUACCUGACCUCAGACUCCCCAAACGUGCUGACGGAGCUGGACCAAAGUAAGGCCUACGUGAUCGGCGGCCUGGUGGACCACAACCACCUGAAGGGAGUGACCUUUGAGAAGGCGAAGGAGCUGGGCAUCGAACACGCUCAGCUUCCUCUGAGCAGCUUUGUCAAGAUGAACAGUCGCAAAGUCCUGGCGGUGAACCACGUGUUCGAGAUCGUCCUGGCGUACUUGGAGAAGGGCAGCUGGCAGGACGCCUUCUUCACCGUCCUGCCCCCGAGGAAAGGGGCAGUGGCCAUCGACCCGGACAGAACCAACGCUGGCAACGAGGAUUCCGACUCUGAUCCGGGCACGCCGGAGCAACCGCAGGGAAAACUGCAGAAUUAGCCCGAAGAGGAAAAGAGGAACUGACGUGGGACAGCAGAGACUCGGAGGGGUUUUGUUUUUUCUUUAAUUUUUUUUUAAUGCGGAUAUUUAUUAAGAUUUUUAUUUGUGCCUCUUGAAGCAGAGCUAAGUUGGACUGAUGACGUAAGAAGAAAGUUUCCUUUGGUGGGAAGCAGAGCUCAGGCGUGCAGGAGGACAAACUGUCCCUCUGGUUUUUGUUUUGGACUGAGAUGCGACACCGAGCUCCUUCAAAUAAAUGUUAAAAUAAAAUAAAACGCCAUCUCCAUGGUUACAGCUUCUCUGGGUUUGAACGCGUUGUCAUUGUUUCCUCAUCGCUGAACGUUUCUGAUUCUUAAAUCGCUCACGGGGUCAUUCCAGGUCAACUCGCCCGAGCUGUUUUUUCUUUCUUUCUUUUUUCAGCGCUAGAACCUCGAGAGGUCGACAUGUUUUGACACCAGCUUGAAUCUGAUCGCAGCCUGAGUUCCGAUGGAGUUACUGGUGGUGAUUUUUGGCUGAACGUGCUGCGUGUUCUCGCCCGGCGCUCCGAGGACGUCACGGCGCCCAGGGUCACAGACCAAAUGGUCCCCCCAAAAAAUGGGUCCCCCUGCCUUCACUGCACGUGCGUCAUCAGCCGCGGU